AUGCUUGAAAAAUUUUUCAAGCAUCCAGUGCAAGAGACAGAAGGAAUCGGAAAGCAUGUCAUGUCCGCAUUGGCCAUUUUCGGGGAUUCCGUAACCACCACCACCGCUCUGCAGAUGGAUGACUACCUGGAUGAUGGCUUGGAGCCUCUGGAGAUGAAGGGCAUCUCAUUUUCGUGGCUUGAGGAUUCAUAUGAGAUAGAGAAUCUAACUGAAUCUUCAGUUCCUUCGUUUUCUCAGAGCUUUCGAAAUGACUACCUCUCCGACUUCGAUCCCAUGCAGAAUGCAACUUCUUUCAUGCAGAUGCCUUUGGAAGACUACUUCUCUGAUCAGCAACUCGCAAUACCGCCUAUCUGUGUCAAUGUAUCUGAUCUCAUAGCGGAAAUAUCUACAUCUCUCACGGAUCUCGUCGUCAUCCUAAAUGAAGACCGAUUUAUUGACACUGCAAAGAUUGACCGAACCGUCGUUCACUCCACAUCUUCAACGCUUUAUCCCGGUGCAAUUCCGUUGAAGGAAGCUGGUUCAGAAGUGAAGGUUUGGGGCCAGAGAGAUUAUUUCUGCAGUGAUGAAGGGUAUACAUCAAAACACAGCCAUUCCAAGUCGGGCGACUCUUCUUUCUUUCCUGUAUCAGCCUCUAUCCAGCCAGCUGACUCGUAUCUCCUUAGAGAACAAACUGUACCCUAG